AAUAAAGUUGAGUAGUGAGCUGUUAAAGCAAAAAGCCGGUACGAUCGUUUUCUUAAAAUUAUUAAUUAAAAUAACAUACAAUUUGCUUUAAAAAUGCUUCUCAAGAAACUAUUUACUAUAGUUUUCGUACGUACCGAUGCCCAGGUACUAUUAGGCUUGAAGAAACGUGGUUUUGGCGUAAACAAGUGGAACGGUUUUGGCGGUAAAGUCGAGCCCAAUGAAACAAUAGUUGAAGCAGCUGUGCGAGAGUUGAAAGAAGAAUGUUGUCUUAGCGUUAAAAAGAGCGAUAUGAAAAAUAUUGGCCACCUAGAAUUCACGUUUGAAGGUGAAUCGACAAUGAUGGACGUGAGAGUAUUUAGUACUACGGUUUACGAAGGGACUCCUACUGAAACGGAAGAAAUGCUCCCUAAAUGGUACAAUAAUGAUGACAUCCCAUAUAAGGAUAUGUGGCUUGAUGAUGAGAUAUGGUACCCAUACAUGUUGAAGGGUAUGCUUUUUUAUGGAAGGUUCCAUUAUCAGGGACAUGAAAAAAUAAUAAGUCACAAUGUUGAAGAAUUGAAGUCCAUGGAGGAAUUUUAUGCUAACAGGAAAUAAGUUUCAAGCUGGAAACAAGUGGCAGUGUUGAUUAUGGGUUGCCGAUUCUGACUACUAAGAUUUGAUAUUACGUUAAUUUUAAUAAGAAUAUUACCAUCACAAAAUUGUUUAUAACAGAAAUAUUUUCUAUUUUAAUCAAGAGAUUUAUCAUGUGACAAUUGUUAGUAAUUAUAAGAUAAGUUUCUUAGGCCUGUGAUUCAACUGUUGUUUGUGUGAUUGUUUGUUAGUUGCUAAGUCUGAUUCAACUUAGUUGUUCCUAAUAAUAUUAAAGUACUUAAUUAAAUACCAUUAAUCUUA